UGAAAUUCCCAGACGGAGCUAAACAGUGGCAGAUGGCGUGAGAGCAACGUACAGACUAUACUAGAAGUAUUUUCUUGCCAAAGAUCUCUAACAUCUUACAAUGGACGAGCUGCGGAGGAAAGUGAUUCAGGAGGACACGGUUAUGUACAAACUUUUCUCGAUCAAGCCAGCAGCAUCAUCUUCACAGCAGACUGAGGAGCAUCUGUCACGUCUUGUAGAGGAGAUUUUGGCUAAGGUUGCUCCCCUUUUGGUACAGUACAUCUGGCACCAUCAGCCCUUCAACCUCAGAUAUCAUCCUGAGAAAGAUAAUGUUCCUGCUUACAUUGGAGGUAGUGCUCAGUUUGGAGACAAUGUGGAGGACGAGUGGUUUAUUGUUUACAUACUACAGCAGAUCACACGGACCUUUCCGCAUCUCACUGCUAGUGUUCAGGAUAAUGAUGGGGAGUUUCUUCUGAUUGAAGCAGCAGACUAUCUUCCAAAGUGGUUGAAUCCUGACACCAGUGAAAACAGGGUCUUCCUCUAUAGGGGAGAGUUACAUAUUCUGCCCUGUCCCUCUAAAUCCUGUUCAGUGGGGAUCUCAAAAGAUGUGGUACCAAGUGUGCCAGAAGCUUUAGCACUUCUCUCCUCUCACCCAGAAGCCUGUCAGGCAAAUACCAAGAUUUGUUCGGCCCUGAGGAAACGACUAGAAGGGUACCCUGAGAAAAUUCAAACCAGCCUCCAUCGUGCUCACUGCUUCAUUCCUGCAGGUGUCGCAACAGUUUUAGCACAGCGACCAGACCUGGUUGCCCCUGCUGUUUCAGCAUUUUACCUGCGUGAUCCAGUCGAUCUGCAAGCAUGUCGAAGCUUUAAGAACUUUCCUCCUGAUACACGAGUCCUCACCUCGGUGAUGUUCACUCGUUGCCUGUAUGCUCAGCUGCAGCAGCAACAAUUCACCCCGGACCAGAGGAGUGGCUUCACCCUGCCUCCUCACUCUCAUUCGCAGUACAAGGCUCAUGAGCUCGGCAUGAAGCUGGCCCAUGGUUUUGAGAUCCUGUGCUCCAAGUGCAGGCUGCCGUCUUCAGAGCCUGAUUCCCCCAUCAGCUGUAACCCUCAGUGGAAAGGCUUCAUGGGCAGUCUAAAGAGAAAUGGCUACUUUCGGGAUGAACUGGAGGGUUCAGCCCGUUUCAAAGAACUGGUCAAAUCUGCUGAAAACUUCUUCAAACAAUCUGUCAUCUCAAAAUCCAGUGCCUCAUCCCCAGGUGAGGAAGUUCUCCAGCUGCUGCACAGCUGCAAGCCAUUCGACUUGGAAGAGCUGAGGAAACAAGAGUCAGAGCUCCCCCCAGAGGACAGUGAUAGCUGGCUGGAUAUCACAGCACAGGAUUUGGAGCGCAUGAUGCAGGAGAAGAGUGGGGGCAGAGCUGAUGUUGGCAGCCAGAAGUCCAGCUCUACCACACAAAAGCAGCAUGUCCGCAGUGCAGAGGAGGUAGGGAGGAAGAGUUUGGACAGGAGGGAGGAAGAGGAGGAGGCAGGUUACAGCCUGGUAGCUGUCAGUCAGGGGAUGAAGAAGUUCCUCAACGCCAUGUCAUCUCAUGAGGGAGCUGAACUGCCCUGGAGCAGUUCAACCCAGCCCUUUAGUUUUGACCCUGACUCCAUGGCAACUGCGCUGGACAGAUUACUGGGUGGCAAAGAAGAAGAAGAGCUUGAUUCAGAUGAUCUCGAAGAAGAAGAGGAAGAUGAUGAUGAUGCUGAAGAGGAAGAAGAAACGACAGAAGGGUCCAUUGGUCAGGCAGAGUUGAACGGGACAGAGACUCUGGACAGUCUCAAGAGAUACAUGGACCAAAUGGAUCAGGAGCUGAUGGGCACGAAUAUUGGACAAAGCUUCAAUGCGACAAAUCACAGAAAGACAAGCUUCGACAAAAGUUCCACACAUCCCUCCACAAAAGGCAAUUUGCCAACACUAGAGGGAGUUGAAGACACAGUGGAGGAGUUUCAGCCGCUCGAUGUCGAUCUCAAUCUGGUCACGAACCUGCUGGAGUCCCUCAGCUGCCAGGAGGGACUGGCUGGCCCGGCUUCGAACCUGCUGCAGAGUCUGGGACUACAUUUACCACCAAACUCGGACCCCUCAUAAAGUACAGGAGGUAGACUUGGUUAACUAGACUCAUAUUUAACUAGACUCAUAUUACUAUAUCAUCUGACUUUAAACUAAAAUGUGAAAUUUACUUUAGAGGUUUUAUUCAGAACAAAAUGGUUUGCAUGAUUUCAGUUUUUAUCAACAAAAACAUUAUCUGCACUGUGAAGAUGUAUUUUCCUACACCAAAAACUAGCUGUAAAAAUAAGUGCUUUGUAAUUUAAAAUUCAUAUUACACAUACAAAAAAAAAACAGGUAAAUCACACACAUAUAUGCACAAAAUAAUCUGAAGCCAUUAAAAAAAUACAGGUACAUUAAACACACCAUAAUAACAUACCAUUAAUUAUUUAAAGAUUUCUCAAGACAUUUCUCCUGUAGAUAGUUUCAUAUUUGGGAUACACAAAUUUCACUUUUGUUAAUUUCAUGUUUUAUGGCGGUGUAAAAAAAGACAUUUCUCAUCAUGUUCCAGUGUAGAUACAGAUUAUUCCUCUGUCUGUUUUGUCAUGAAACUUAGUCUGCAUUAGAUUUUUUCAACUUCAAUAAUGCUGCAAACAGAAGUCUUUUACAGUUACGAACAUCUUUGUGUGGCAACAUCAGAGCUCUGAGGACCAGUAAAACUGGUGCCAUAAUGCAGAUUUUAUAACACAAAAAGUUUUGUGUCUCAUCAUAUCCAUGUAUAUUAAAAUCUAAGUGCCAAACUCAGCAGCACGUUGUGUUAGGAGAGAUUAAAUACAUGCUGCUCUGUGUAUUUCUGGUGAUUUUAUUGCACUUAAAUUCAGUUGUUUGAAAAGUAAUAAAUAUUUUUGCACAAAAGGUAUAUGUUGGUGUAUUAUCAGUUUUUAAAUGCAUUUUUUUUUUUACAUCUUUAUGCCAAAUCAUCAGAUUUUUGGACCAAAUUAACACUGAUGUAGAGAAACAAAGUGUCUUCUAUUUUACACAAAUAUUGCCACAUAGAUUAAUAAAAGAAAAUGUAACAAUAUACAGUGAAUAUUCUUACAUUAAAAUUGAUUAACCUUCAUAUCCUGAAAAAAAGUUAGCACAGUUUAACCUUUUUCCUCGUUGCAUUCCUUUCUCAUCUGACUAACUUCAGCAGUCAGUGUCAUUCAAGGGCAAUUUCUACAAACGUCUGGUUAAAGAUUCAUUCAGUCAGCAGUCUGGGCUUAAAUAUUUUUAGAGCUUUUACUGAAAGCUGAACAGUUUGUGUCCAGAACAAAAUAAAAUCAACAGCAGUUGUAGAAGAAGUGCUCAGAUCACUGAGUUAAGGUAGUGUGUUAGAGGAAGGUGCAGUCUAAGCAUCAAAAUGUAUAUAUACAGUAGAUACUCAAAGCAAAAGUAUUCAUUAUGUAGGAAAAUGUUUCUCACAGCAUCUUAAAAAAUACUUCUUUUCAAAUUAAAUACUGAAUAUGUUUUAGAACAAAAUUAAAUUCAAAUUUUAAAAAAUCGUUAAAAAUACUACCUAUAUAUUUGACACCUGCUGACAACUGACAGCGGACUCCACUGACAUGAUAUUAUGAAGUAACUUGCCUCAGAUCAUGUGAGGAAUUUAAACUUGUUUCACAAAGAAUAAAAGACUAUGACUGGUGGGUAUGAAGUACUAAACAGUCAAUAUUAUCUACAAAAGCUGCAUGUAUGGCUGCACCACCUGCCUCGCUGAGUGGAGCAGUGCAGCAGCGAGCGGUGACACACACAUAGCCGAUACAGUGACCAUGAAGUUGAGCACCAUCCCCAGCAAGAGGAUAGCGAGCAGGUAUCCAUGAAAGAGCAAACUGUGCCAGCUGCUUCUACUCAGCACAUGCCAGGGGCUGUUAGGGUGAAUCAGCCACAGGAGGCCCAGCAGCCAGAACUGGUUCACCAGCUGGGUGUAGUAAAUGUCAAAAACAGAGGCUUGGGAAUCAGUAGGGAGGCGGCGCUCAGUUUCCGACACUUUCGCCAGCCACGUGAGAGAGAGGCUGUGGAGGAGUAAAGCCAGAGGUGCAUACAUGUACGCCAGGGG